AAAGUGACCAAGACUUUAUUGCUCAACGCUCGAGAAAUAUUACGAAAAUUCAGUCUCACAGCCAUAAGAUUCACAAAUAAACCAAGUCAACUUUAAAGGAGAAUAUCCGAAUAAUAAGACAUCAUGGGUUCUAGCACGAGAAAGAAGAAGGAAAAGGCCAAGGACUUUGCGAAACCAAAGUUCAAGGUCGGAAAGGCCAAGGCCAAGCCUACCAACUUCACAGACACAAGUUUCAAGGCGAAGUCCAUUGCUAUGGGCCACCAGAAGCUUUCAACCGAAGCCCCUGAUAACGCCACUCAAUUCAAGCACAACCUCUCAUUAGCCUCUACGUCAAGAGCAGACAAGCAGCGCAAAGAAUCUCUGGCCCAUCUGACAAGCCAGGUGCUGGCAGACAACAACCCCGUCGGAACCGCAACGGUGCUAAGCAAACUCCUGCCCCUGAUCUCAGACGCGUCAGGUCCUGUUCGCAGCCAACUGCUGAAGCUGUUCCGGGCCCUGCCCGAGGCAGAGGUCAAGCACCACGCCGAAAAGUGCAUCAUGUACACCCGCGCAGGAAUGACUCACCUCUCUGCCGACAUCAGCAACGACUCGCUAUCCGUUCUCGAGUGGCUUCUGGAUGUCGCGGAAGACGAGACCGUCAGCUGCCCCGGCGGUUGGGUCAAGACCCUCAACAGCUUCUGCGCGCUGAUGGGGUGGACCGUGAAGACGAGCUCGGGGUGGUCGACCGCGCCCAAGACGGGCCUCCGCACAAAGGACGCACAGUCGCACGCGAGGCAGGUCGCCGUGCUGGCUAGGUUUCUGCAGGCCGGACUCAAGCCCGAGGUUGCGAGGCCGAGUAACCCCAAUGCCUAUGCGGACAAUAUGUAUCGGGUGCCCCGGACGCCGAACCCUUUUGCGUACCUCAACCUUUUUGGGACCCGCCGGGACGAAGAAGCUGAGAUGUAUAACGACCGCGAGUCACGGCAACGGGUGUUCCACAGGAGGUUCAUGGAUUCGUUCCAGCGAGGCGUGGAACAGUCUAAGAAAGAGGGCGGUACCAUCGGUCGUUCAGCCGUUGCGUUGGAUCAGGCCCUGACCGAAGGUAUGAGCGGGUACGAGGCGACGUCUGCUGUUGAGCCUCAAGAUCUCCUUGAUCUGUGUCGUCCUACCUACCUGCCUCGUUCAUUGUGUCAUCCUUCCUCUCAGGGCGGUGCCUGCCCUCGGCCUUCAGCCCUUUCGCCCUCUACGGACCGACCUACCGCCUUCCAGCCUUCCGAAGGCUUCCCACCACGGAUAUUUAUGUCUGCCUUCGACACUGCCGAUAUGCAGUCGGCUCUUCCUGCCGAUGGCAAGAAGGCCCCUGCCGCUGCCGUCAACAGCGACGGUACGAAGUGGGCUGAGCCUCUGCCCUACAACUACGACGAGCUUGCCCAGCAGGGCCCCGAGGUUGCGACUGAGUGGGCUGGCAACGGUGCCGUUUACGAGUGGGAUGAGGAGUAUGGCGAUGUUGGCCCGAAGUUCCCCGACCUCGAGCUGGCUCUCUUCGGUGAUUCCAACUCCCGCAUUGCCUCCAACUCCGGCCUCGACUUCUCCGUCAUCUCUUCUGUCGAGGUUACCCAGGAGGGUGAGAUCCGUGUCGAGCCUGUCCACUCCUACAAGGACGCCGGCUUGCACCCUGUGAUGCUGGAGAACAUCGAGCUUUGCGGCUAUGAGGCCCCGACCCCCAUCCAGAAGUAUACCCUUCCCGCCAUUCACAAGGGUCUCGAUGUUGUGGCUAUCGCUCAGACCGGCUCCGGCAAGACCGCAGCUUACCUUAUUCCCAUCUUGAACAAGCUCAUGGGCAAGGCCAAGAAGCUUGCUGCCCCUCGCCCUAACCCUGCCGAGAUUGCUCUUGGACAGCAGUGGGUUCGUGCAGAGCCUCUGGUGGUCAUCGUCUGUCCAACUCGCGAGUUGGCAAUUCAGAUCUUUAACGAGGCCCGCAAGUUCUGUUACAGAACUAUGCUUCGCCCUUGUGUCGCCUAUGGCGGUGGUCCCUUGAGAGACCAGAUUCAGCAGCUUGGAAAGGGCUGUGAUGUUCUCAUCGCUUCCCCUGGUCGUCUUGUCGACUUUAUCCAGCGGCCUGACACUCUCUCGCUCAAGCGCUUGAGAUACAUGGUCUUUGACGAGGCCGACGAGAUGCUUCACGAUGACUGGCGCGAGGAGAUGGACGUCAUCAUGACUGGCGGUGAACAGCAGGAGGGAAAUAUCAAGUACAUGCUGUUCUCGGCUACCUUCCCGAAGCCGCUCCGCGAUCUCGCGAAGGAGAACCUGUCUUCCUCCAGCGUCCGCAUCAACAUCGGUCGCAUUGGAAGCACUCACACCAACAUUCUCCAGCGUGUCUUCAAGUUCGACGCCUUCGAGAAGAAGGAGGCUCUCAAGGACCAGAUCAAUUCCCUUCCUGCCUGCCGCACCAUCAUCUUCGUCAACCAGAAGCGUACUUGCGAUGACUUGGACGAUUUCUUGUUCAACCUUGGCUUCCCUUGCACCUCGAUGCAUGCUGAUCGUACUCAGCUUGAGCGUGAAGCUUCUAUGCGCGCUUUCCGUGCUGGAAAGUCUCCCAUCCUUAUUGCCACUGGCAUCAGCGCUCGCGGCAUUGACGUGAAGAAUGUCAACCACGUCAUCAACUUUGACCUGCCUAGCUUGGAUCACGGUGGCAUUGAGGAGUACACCCACAGAAUCGGCCGCACCGGUCGUAUGGGUCAGCGUGGCAUUGCGACUUCUUUCUACACUGACCGCGAUGAGCCCAUGGCUAGCGUUCUCGUUCGCACCCUCUUGGAGACUAAGCAGGAGAUUCCUGACUUCCUCGAGCCUUUCAAGCCCACUGGCAAGGGCCUUGAGAACCUCAAGUUCGAGACUGAGAGCGACUUCGACCCUGAGGAGGCCGGCAUUGCUCACCUUGGCGGCGAGGGCGGCGGCUGGUCCAACGAGGGCGGCGGUGGCGAUGUUGGAGGCGAUGGCUCCUGGGGCGCUACUGGAGGCGAUUCUGGCUGGGGUGGUGGCGGCGAUUCCGCCGGCAACGAUACCAAGCAGGAGGAGCCCGAGGCCGCUCCCGCUUGGGGCGCUUCUUCUGGCGGUGGUGGUUCUUGGUAA